CCUCACGUAAACGAACGCGGCGUUUGAGCUUACAGGCCGUGUCGGAGUCUCGGGACGGAACCUUCCAAGCGCUACUGGAGAAUGGCAGGGAGAAAAGUUCUGAUCGUCUACGCACAUCAAGAGCCCAACUCUUUCAAUGGAUCUUUGAAGACGGUUGCUGUGGAAGAACUGAGCAAACAGGGCUGCAGUGUCACAGUGUCUGACUUAUAUGCAAUGCAGUUUGAGCCACGGGCAACAAGAAAUGACAUUGUUGGUUGCUUGCACAACUCAAAUGAGUUCAAUUAUGCUGUGGAGAUGACAGAAGCUUACAAGAAAGGAUGUUUGUCCAACGAUUUGAUCGAAGAGCAAAAGAAGGUGCAGGAAGCAGACUUACUGAUUUUUCAGUUUCCCUUGUACUGGUUCAGCAUGCCAGCAAUCAUGAAAGGCUGGAUGGACAGAGUCUUGGUCCAAGGAUUUGCUCACGAUUUUCCAAACUGCUAUGACUCUGGUUUGCUAAAGAACAAGUUAGCUAUGUUUUCUUUCACUACUGGAGGAACUGAAGAGAUGUAUGCAAAAGGAAGUAUGAGUGGUGAUAUCCGUUAUAUCCUGUGGCCCAUGCAGCAUGGCAUCAUGCACUUUUGUGGUGUGAAAGUCCUUGAGCCUCACAUCUGCUUUGCUCCGGAAUAUGUCUCUGAGGGGAAAAGGAAGGAGAUGCUUACUGCCUGGGCACAGCGACUGAAGACUCUUUGGAAGGAAGAACCCAUAAACUGCACUCCUGAGUGGUAUUUUAAUUAGUGUUCAAGCACAGGACUACAGAUACUUUUUCUAUUCUUAUGGGUGCUUUAUCUCAAUAUCAGAAUGCUAGCUUCAGAAUUCAUAUGCAUUAUAGGUAUCUUGAAUACAACAGUUGGCAGCUUAGCUGUCAAUAAAGCAUGUCUUUAUUUUCUGAGGAAUUCUCUUCAAUGAUGGAUGCACAGCUCUUUGUGAAGAACUAUCCUUGCCCAUAUAAACAGAGACAUUCUGCCUGCACAUUGUUAGUAACACAAGAGUUGCAAAUUAUACCAUUACUGCUUAUGAAACAGUAAAGUACAUUGCCAAUUUUAUUUCAACACUCUUCAUACCAACUGCCUCUUUCUUUUUAUUGGCCAGGAAAUCACUACCUAUACUUAAUUUCAUUGUGGCCAAACCUGUUUUUUUUUUUUUCCAACGAAAGAUCUGCACUUAUGCCUUUAAGCUAUGAAGCUUGACUGCAGAUAAUGUAAAAGGAUGUACAGUUGCACAGUGACUCAGAGCAAUAGACAAUUUUGCCUUGGUCCAAUAUCACUUGUGCAUAUGACAUUUUCCAUUUUAUUCCCACUCACUUUCAUGCACAAGUUGUGGGGAAAGUACUUUUUGUCCAAAAGACAACUGCAAGUUACCUAAAGAGGGAUUGAAGAACAAGUAAAUCCCUCUCUGCAGGAAAAUAAGUGCCUAACCAUGGAAGAUUCAUUGAUUUGGAGGGGAGUAAUCCUUUGGAAGACACAAUAUUAUCCAUAUUCCUCAGAGUAUCCUCAGACAUGUGAAACCUAAAUUUUACAAUUUUCUGUAUUUUAUAAUUAUGGUGCUUACCUUACCAGAUGAAUAUCUAGUAUCAAGAAAAAAAAAAAAUCAACUGACAUGGAAAUUCUUCCUUUCUAUAUAGCUAACCAUGAUUAUCAGAUCUGGCUCUUCGCUGACAGCCGACCUUGUGAUAUCAUGUAUAUACAGAACAUCUGAAAAGAAUCAUAGAACAGAAUCAUAGAAUCACCAAAGUUGGAAAAGGCCUCUGAGAUGAUCCAGUCCAAUCAUCCACCUACCACCACUAUUUCCCCAGUAAACCAUGUUCCUUGGUACAACACCAGAAUGUUUCUUGAACAUUCUAAGGACUUUCUCAAGAAGGAAAUUUCUUGCCACUGUCUGGUUGACAAGGAUUCACAACAUGCAUAAAGAUUCUAAAAAAAUUACAAUUUCCUGCUAAGUACAAAAUCUCAUUGCAAAGCCCAAUCAGGUCAAAACAUUUGCUCAGUAAGUGAUUCUCAUCUUUACUGUGAAGAGUGAUCUGACUAGUUAACUCAACAGAAGAAAAUUACUUUCUAAAAAUUUGGAAAGAAUAAGACAUUACUCAGGAUCAGUGGAAUACUUACUGUUAUUCCCUAGGACAACUAAUGAAACUAUAUCAGAAUUUCCCAGCACAUCCUGUAUACGUUAUUUCCUGCAGAGGAGUUCACACCAGAGACAUGGGCAAAGAUGGAACUGAGGUGUUACAUGGCACAAUAGGAGGUGUCUCCAUCAAAGCAAUCGAGACUAGAAUAUAAUAGCUUUUAAAAUUAUUAUUUUAAUAAAUAAAGUCUAAUUUCAAAUG